AUGAGUUCUCCUAACAUCGUUUAUGCUACACAUGAUUUCGAAGCAGAAAAUGAAGACGAGAUAACCUUCAAAUGCGGCGAGCCUAUUGUUAUAUUACAGAAUGACGAUCAAUAUAUGGAUGGUUGGUGGUAUGGUCGAAAUAUAAGGGAUGAGACUGGUCUUUUUCCGAUUAAUUACACAUCACCAGAGAAACCUACUGCAACAAAGUCAUCGGCAUCGACUGUAUCUUCAAUGUCUUCCAACAGCCAACAAGGAUCUGAACAACGACAGCUACGUAUUGAACGAUUAGCAUCGUACAGCAAGGGCGAAGAUGACGCGGUGUAUCAGCCAACUCAUCGCGUCUCCUCUGGCACAAGCAGUAGUACUACGAGUAGCUCCACCAAUCUACCUACACCGGUAGAUAAUCCUCAAGUUAUAUACAAGCAUUCAACGUUUGCCACUGCUCCUUCCUUAACGGCAAAUUCUUCUUCCAUAGCUUGGUCAAAAAUUAAUACAAACAGCGACCACAAUCUCACCGAUACAAUUAAAAGCUCGCCAGAAAACUGGAAUAUGGAUGAUGUUGUGCAUUGGUUACAAUCGGUUGGGUUACAAUCUGUCAUAGAUAAUUUCAUCGAUCAAGAAAUUACUGGAGAUGUCUUACUAUGUCUCGAUCAUGAAGCCUUGAAAGAAUUGGGAAUUACUGCUUAUGGGCGUCGUUAUAAAGUUAUGAACGCUAUCAAAGCCCUGAAAGCCUCGAUAGAAGAUACCAACAAUCAAUCAUCACAAUCUUCCUACUCAUCAACUAUAUCUAACGCGGACACGUAUAACCAAAGUCAACGACAGACUCAAAACUACUCUGGUGGCGGCCAACAGUCUUCGUUGCACCAAACCUCAAACAAUAACGUUAUUCGGUAUGGUUCCGUCACCGAACAUCAACUGCCAAAUGUCAGAUGCAGUAAUGCUAUCUCCUCUUUAAAUACACCUGUGGUUUCACCCACUGCUUCUGCCCCUACUGCUGCUCAUCAAAGAACAGGACAUAGUUCUUUUGCAGCAGAUGGCUAUUUCAAUAGGAACUCGAUUAUAUCUUCUGGAGCGACGACGCCUAACCUCGACGAUGCUCGCUAUCCUUAUAACGCUUAUGGCAUAGCAGAAUCUCCUUCUCCUAUAAGAUCAUCCAUGAUGCACUCAACUACCAAUGCUGCUGCUGCUGCCCCAAAUACACCUGAACGUUCUAUCUUCCAAAAUGCUAUAGAGACGACACCAGCGUCGAUACCACAGCAGCAGCAGCAUCAACGAAGAAGCAUGAUGUUGCUCUAUUAUAAUAGCAAUAAUUCAGCCACUCUAUCUUCUUCUUCCACUACUAUAUCCUCGAGCUCAUCCUCCUUAGUUCAUUCCAAUACAGCUUCCUCACACCGACCAUCCGUUUUAGAUACCCAUCAUCGUUUUAAUAGUCAAUCACAAUCCUCAUCCCCUCAGCAGCAACUGCAGGAGCCAUUACUGCCUCCACCACAACAACCAUUACCUCAACAACCUCAUCAUCAGGAUUACAAUCUUGCUCUUUGCAAUACCAUAUCCAAGAAUGCUAACCACUUUCCUGAAUUCGAAGGUUGGCUGUAUAAGCAAAGUGAUCGUUACAAAACGUGGAAUAAACGCUGGUUCGUGCUUUACGGCACCAAUCUAUUUUAUUUCAAGAAUCCAAAGGAUAUGCGUAUGAAAGGGAUCAUUCAUUUACAUGGUUAUCGCGUUAUAGUCGAAGAAAAGAAAACAUUUCAUCAUAUGUCAUCAUCUAAUGGCGUUAACAGCCAUAAUAGUAACACUAGCCACAGAAGCUCCAAAUACAACAGUAAACGAAAUUACUUCAAGUUACAUCACGACCACGAAAGAACAUUUUACUUUUACACAAGCGACGCCAAUGAGAUGAGAAAAUGGGUUCAAGUAUUGCUGAAAUCUACCAUUAAGCGUGACCUAUGUGUUCCCGUCGUCUCAUCAAAUAACAUUGAAACGGUACCUCUGGAAAUUGCCCAAAAAAUGAAGCCAAGGCCUCCAUCGGCUCUGAUGUACAACCAUCCACCUAUCCAGUGUCAAAAAACACCAUCACUACAGCAAGAUAAAAAGAAUGAGAUCCGUCAAACAUUGGUUCUGGGCCAUCGCCAAGAUAACCCACCGCAGCAGCAAGCAAUAAUGGAUGAUGAAUUAUUGGACGAGACGUUAUUAUGGAUGGAGCACCCAAACGGUAAUGGUCUGGAAGAACCGUUACAGAAAUUAAUUAUACGCUCUUAUCCUUCUUUGGCCGCAGAGGAAGACGAUGAAGAGGUCAAGGGAAAAGACGUGGUAGGGGAAAACAAAAAGCGUUUGUCAAUGCUGACCUCUGGAAACAGUAGCACGGAUUUUCUGGAUCGUAUUAGUUGUAGUAAUAGUAAUAAUAGUACCUGUUAUAAACAACCUUUCUCAGUAACAGGCGGUAGUAACCGCUGAAAAUAGUCUAUUUAAAUCAUUUUGAAAAGCAUACCCUACAGGGAAAAGUGUAUCAUAGUCAUCGCCUUUGUACUUUAUGUAAAUAUAACCUCUCCCUUUUCUUUAUUCAUGCAAUACAAACAACUGAACCAAUGGCACUUCUAUAAGCAAAAGCAAACACAUCUCCUUCUUGAUAGUAAAAACGGCAAAAAUUUUCGUUUUAAAGAUCAGUUUUUGAUUUCAAUUUUUAUUUAAAGUAUUUUCAGGCCAAAAAUAAACGUUCAGGAACGGGAGCAGCAGCAGUACAGCUAUUCCACAUAUAAUUUCUCU